CAUAUGUAAUUUAUCGGUCGGUCGAUCACAAAAGAAUAAAAAUAUUGCGCAUCCCGAUAAAAGUGUACGCGUAUCGAUGAGUUUACUGUUUUGUUAAAUAAUAAAGUAUGUUCAACGACGGAGUCCGUCCGAUAUCGUGCUUUUCCAACUGGAUGAAGCGCGAGUCAGAUUGACCCACACAUCUGUGUGUAAUGUGUGUAAAAUAUCGCAACAUAACCUUGUUAGUAUGACAACACGAAGCAUGGCCCGACUACCCUUUGCUCGUGAACGAAGGUAGAGGAUGGAUCACGAGGACGAGUUUCUCAAUACUUUCUUCACGUUAGUUGCACAGCUGUGCUCCGACAAGGCUAAGGAGUCAGUUGAAAAAGAAAGGGAAUCAUGCAAGCAGACGCAGAUGGGUCCAUGGGGAAUGCUUCUAAUGCAUUUACCGCAGAUAGCAGUAGCAGAGCGUUCUUACGCAGACUUAGGCUUUCUUCAUACAAAAAAUAAAGGUUUCCUUAGAAAGGAUAAUUCCUUAAAAACUGUAUAUGAAUCGUUGAAGUCUGACUUAAAGAGACUGGAGGAAGUAACUAGAGGGACAAAUUCCAUUGGCGCAACCGUCGCAAAUGUUUCCAAUCAGCUCUGUCAAUUCAUCAUGGCAAGAAUCCAGCUGAUAGAUUUCUAUGAGAAAAUGUACAAUAUGAGUAUAAAUAGUAAAGUUAUGAAGCACCAAGAAUUGCUGCAGUAUAUAGAAGGAAUAGUGGAAUGGCAUUUGUUAUCCUGUUCUCACUUAGCAUUGGCCGCUAUUAAGACAGGUUUAACGUUGGAGUGCGAGAUAUUAGUACAAUUAAUGAAGGCGCAGGUUGAGGUGCAAAACUGGAGAUUCCUACCGACCCUGAUGGCUCUCUAUGGUGCGCAAACACGAAUGUCAGCCUGGGAGAGGACUUUGCAGAGCAAGGAGUCCUGGAAAUUAGGCUUUGGCGCGACAUUUCUCAAAGCGAAUCAACAACCAGCAUUGUAUCAGUGGUUGGUGAAACUUCGCAGUGCCAUAUUAGCUAAGUGUUCUUUGUAUUUUCACACUACUCUAAGCCAGCAAGCUAGUCCCGGAGAAAUGAGGAGUAUAAUGAGCAAGCAGAAUGGAGAUUACUAUCACAAAAUGCAAACUUUUCAGCGGAAGCACGACGUACUAGCGGUACUGAUCAUUUUCGAUUCUAGAGGAACUGAAGACUCGGGCUCAGGAUAUAGACAUCCGGCGAGAGGAGCGGAUUCAUCCGAAAGUUUUCCCAUCGUCGUUUGUUGUCCCGGUACAUUCACACAGAAACGCUCGGUACAUUUGGAUAAUAUACAAAUCAAGAUAAAAGAACGUCAGUCGGAACUUCUUGCUAUGGAUAAAGUUAUUUACUAUAAAAGCAUGAAGGAUUUAUGUACGUAUGCUUUUCACAAUACCGAUCCUCGAAUGACUCUUGUGGUCGUACUCGAGAACGGGAAACAAAGAGACAAAGAAACUCACAUUACGUCGUUCUUGACGGAUCUCUCCAUGCAUAUCAGAUGUAAUAAAGUAUACGAGUGUCUGAAAUUGUCAAAGUGAGUGACCAUAAGCAGAAAGAUACCUACGAAAAAAGGGAAAAGAAACCAUCAGAUCGUACCAAAGACCUGAAUAUAUUAUAAUCGAAAAAUUAUUAAAAAAACUUUAUGGCAUAGUUAUAUAAAGUUAUAAAUAAAAUGUAUGUUACCGUUUAUAU